GCCGUCUUAGGAAAUGACUUCACUUAAAAGACAGAUGCCGCCGCUGCGAGGCGAGGGAGCAACUUGUCUGGUCUUGCGGUGCACUCAUUCCCGUUACGAGAAUGAAACCCCAGCUUGACUCGAGACCAAGACUCCUUACAACUCGCACCAAUAGCGGCACUGAGCGGCCGGAGAUUGAUUGAAGGCCCCUAACCGCCUAUCUACUCGUGUUCGUAGCUCGAUCGGAGGUCAAGACUGUGGUCCGGCGGAAAAACAGAAGUCGUCCGUAUCAAGUGAUACGUUAAUUGCUCAGUAGUGCUUCGCUGCUUGAUGUUGCCCCGCUGGCGGAAAUAGCUUAAUGGUAGAGCAUAGCCUUGCCAAGGCUGAGGUUGAGGGUUCAAGUCCCUCCUUCCGCUCCUGGCUUCGUCGUUUAGUGGUAACAAGUGGAGUGCAUAAGCCACUUUAGAGAUAGGGGCGAGCAGCACCUUGUUUGUAUAAGGUUCCAAACCUAUCUGACUAAUAAGAAUAAAGGGGCAAGCCAAAACUGACUCCUAACAAGUUGCUGGCUUUUCAUCAGCCGUUGCGCGCUAGCGCGCUUAUGUUUUUCAGCAGGCUUCUUCAAAUACCCCAUCAAGUUGGGGUUCUAACUAGUUGUAGCUAGCUAGCGUUUUCCCUGACUAGUAAAGGGGCUGCUAGUUGUAGCGCGCAGUGUACUAGUGAAUAGGAAAAGCGAAUUGAGAUGACUAAUGACGGAUGGAGGUUUAGGGUAGAACAUGUUCGGUGCCUCGCCCUUGUCUCCUUCGCCGUAUACUUUCAAUGAUGGGAAUCCUAUCGAUAAAGAAGAGGCAUAAGCAUCGCCUCUCGAUCCAAUCCAUCUUGAAAGGCCUCCCCAACACACUCUUGAUACGAAAUAAACCUCCCGCCAUAGAGAUCCUCAAGUCUGGGUCCCCUCUCCUUAUCAGUCGAGUCACUUCGUACCUCUCUCCCCCCUUUUUUCACCUUGAACCUGAACUGGUCGAGAGAGAUGAAACCGCACCACAUUUUAUCGAAUCCCAACUAGAGAUGGAAUUCCAUAACCUAAACAACUCAGUUGAGAGCUCCGUGACUGGAAAAAGGGAAGGUCCACCAAUGAUUUAUAGGCCAUUCCCUCCCUAUCCGUCUCUUGAUCCCUCAUUCCACUAAUCCGUUGUUACUGAUUCAUUCAAAGCAUAGACUCCCCAUUUAUUUGUCUUAUUAGCGCAGGUGUUCGUAAACGAUGAAAGCCGCUGAACUUCAGACUCGAGUUGAGAAAGAGGGCUAGGCCCCCGGGAGGGCUUUAAGGGACUGGGGAAGACGGGUCAUUCGACGGGGAGUGGAAAAUUCUUGGAAAAAGAGCUAGGGGCAAAUCGAAGGUUUGUCCAUCGGGAUUGGGCAUGGACGAGCCUCGACUGGGCCAGCAUUGAUUCAAAAAGAAAAACUGAUCCCAUUUACCGGUGUAGGAUGAAAGAUAAGGUCCAGGAUUCGAGUAAAAUAGACCUUCCCUCUCAUCUCAGGCCCACGGAGCGGUAAGGAAUUGAAUCAAAUGUUCGUUGUUCAAGCAAGAAAAACGGAUGCGCUAACGCGCAACGUGCGGAUCGAGCAAAGCGAGAGGUACAAAGUGACUCGACUGAAAGGAGAGGGCUUGAGACGCUAGCUAAAUCCCUUGCUUGUUUUGUUGUUGUGAAGUGAAUAGGCUUGACCCUGUGUUCUCUCCUGGUUGGGUCGGAGGCGAGAACUUGAAAGUCAAUCAUUCAGUGGUGGGGUAUUCAUAGAAAAGAAGGCCUCGCCCAAGGAGUGGCAGAUUUGGAUGGAGUCUCGCUUUGAUGCUGGGGAGAUCCAUAGAUCUGGAUAGAGUCUCGCUCAUAGAGGAAGAGUACGCGCGCUAGCGCGCUACGGCUUACGUAGUUGAUCGGAUCAGAUAGCCCUUCGGGCAAGCAACCAAACCCGGCACAUCCAAUUCCAUUCCGAUAAAAAACUUGGAGGUAUGGCUGAGUGGCUUAAGGCAUUGGUUUGCUAAAUCGACAUACAAGAAGAUUGUAUCAUGGGUUCGAAUCCCAUUUCCUCCGGCACGGAAAUGAAACGGGCGGGCGAAAUGACGUGAGAGAAAGAACCUCUUGGUGGAGUCCAGUCCCCCGGAGGACAGAAUAGCACUUCUUAGUGACUAGGAGCGGAGAGCCCGUUGCGCCUUGUUUUGAUUUUAUCGGCCUAUCUUCUUUCUAUAAGCAAGCUCGUCCAGUCCCUGGACGGCUCUCGGUUCUUGAGUGGGGGAUUAGGCGGGAAAGAACAAGCAACGCUUUAUAAUAGAGGCGCUAGCGCGAAAAAGCCUAUCUAUUCAAUUUGAUUAGUAAAGGGCUUUUCCCUGACUAGUAAAGUGGUAAGGUAGGGCGCUAUUCGAUGAAGAAAACAGACUUUAGGAAAGUGGUUCAGGUAGCUCAGCUGGUUAGAGCAAAGGACUGAAAAUCCUUGUGUCAGUGGUUCGAAUCCACUUCUAAGCGGGCGAAGG